CUUUCCACCGCGGUGUUCCACCCUUCCGGCUCGGAGUUUCAUUCACCGCCUCCACCUUCCGCCCCGCGCCGGCAGUCGGCGAGACAGUCGCCGCGUUCCAUCAUCCCGUGGCCCUUGCGGCGCCCGAGCCCGCAAUGUCGGGCCCCAACGGGGACCUGGGCACGCCGGUGGAGGCGGGCGCGGAAGGCGAGGAAGAGGGCUUCGGAGAAGCAGAAUACGCUGCCAUCAACUCCAUGUUGGACCAGAUCAACUCCUGUCUGGACCACCUGGAGGAGAAGAAUGACCACCUCCAUGCCCGCCUCCAGGAACUGCUUGAAUCCAACCGGCAGACUCGCCUUGAGUUCCAGCAGCAGCUCGGGGAGACCCCUAGUGAUGCCAACCCCUAGGCUCUGGGGCCCCCAGCCAGGCCCCAGCCCUGACUCGCUGGGCCAGGCUCUGGCCUGAACACUCACCACCUGGCUUAGAUACCUUCUUAAGGGCUGGCCGACAGAUCUCCUGGGGGUUCUGCCUGCCUAGGCCACCUUUCUGGUACUUCCCUUGGUGCGCCUGGGCCAGCCCCCACCUCCCAGCAUCCCCUCCUGGAGCCAGGUGUAGGCCAGCGGCUCACCCAGCAUGCCUGCCUGCCCAACUCCUGGACGCUCCCCACUCUGCCCAGGCCUUGAGUGUCCACAUUAAACGGGUCUCCAACACCA